CUCGUGUAAAAUGCGACUCCCCCACCACCACCACCAGAGAAGCAUCUGAAAAUUGUAUGCUACAAAUGGCAGACAACAGUUCGAAGUUGUUGGUUUGGAUCCAGACGCAAUCCUAAUGGUGCCUAUGCGGCAGUAAGUCCUAGGGAAUCCAAUGGUCCUUGCUCCCCAGGUAAGUGGGUUUAGGAUUGCAGCCAUCCUUGCGUUGAAAUCAGUGUCUAAAGUUAGCCACGGCGACUAACUGAAGCGCCACUGAUUUCAGCGGAGGCUGCACUCCUAGGCACCCUUACCUGCUGAGAGCAAAUCCUGGGCACGUCCAUUGCUGCAGUAAGUCCCGCUGAGUUCAUCGAGGCUUUACUUCUAAGUCGCCGUGCAUAAGAUCGGGCUGUUAAGAGGGACUCGUGUAGUCUGAAUCCUACCAUUAUCUCUGUAUUGCAACUUGCAGACGUAGGGCUGUGACAGCGGUCUAUCACACGCACACCUCGCAGUCAGAAACUUGAACUGGCUUGAGUGUGCAGCCAAACCAGCUCAAGUUACAAGUUAAAUGCGCCAGCCCUUUCUAAAGCCUCCCCUCGUGCAGUUUUCGUGCAAUAGCACCGAGCUUUUUGCCUCUCUAACUCUGCAAUCCUAUACAUAUGUCUACUUAGAUGUGAGCCCCCCCCCCCGACCUCAGUGGCCUUGAUGCCAGGUAAGGUAGGAUUGCAGCCCGACCAUACAAAAUAAUAGGAGACGAGACCCAAAAUCACGCAGCAAAUGAGAGAGCAAAUGACUCUCGCCUUCUUCCUAUAUUUGUGGACUUCGGGCGUGUUGCUUCCGAGACUCCUUCGGGCUCUGCGCCUGCAGACAAGGGAAGCCGCGCAGGUGUUGCCUCGUCUCCGAAAGCCCCCGAGGCUCCCAAGAAACUUUAAAGAGGAAUGUCAUGCUAUCUCUAUGCAGAAAACUUUCCAGAUAGAGGAUCUGUAUAUGUUCGGGAAAAUGGACAGUUAUAUAAGGCAAAUGAAGCACCAGGAAUAAACAACAGUGAUCCAAAGCCAAGGCCUUCAAGACUCUUCUCCAAAGGAUUUUCUGUUGAGCUCUAUGUGAAUAGGGAAAAUGACAAUGGAAGGACGGAUCACUUCAUCUUCACUUACACAAAGAAGGGAAAUCUUCGCUAUUCUGCUAAAUCUCUCUUCAGCCUAGUUCUGAGUUACAUUGCUGACAACAUUCAUCAUGUUGACUCACUGGUUGACUUUCCAGAACAGAUAGCCGAAAAGCUUUUCUAUGCAGCAGAUGCUAGACAGAAAUUUACAGAACCAAGAACAGGACUCUGUGCUUUGCAAAAAUUUAUUGAUGCUUAUGGAAGUUUAGUGCUUCAGUCUCUAUGCUUGAAAAAUGGUUACCUAGUUAUUUCUGAAAAGCUUGAAGAAAUUAAAUCUUUCCGGGAUCUGACAUGCUUGGAUUUGUCCUUCUGUAAACUUGGAGAUGAGCAUGAGCUGCUAGACCAUAUCACCAACAAGACACUAUCUAGUUUAACUCGGCUUCUCCUGAAAGAUAACUGCUUGUCAGAUGCUGGUAUUCGCAAAAUGACAGCGCCUGUCCGAGUGAUGAAAAGGGGCCUUGAAAAUCUCUCAGUAUUGGAUUUGUCUUGUAAUCCAGGAAUCACCCGUUUGGGACUCAGGUAUCUGCUUCAUUUCAAAAAGCUGAACUGUUUCGAUAUUUCUGGAACUUGCCUCAAGGACACAAAUGCUGUUGUUUGUUGGAUCCAGACACAAAUGGGUCUCGUUCAUUCAGAAGUGCCCUUGAAAGAAUUUGAUCAUAAUAGCUGCAAAACAGAGGGAUGGGCAGAGCAGACCAUCUUGCAAUGGGAGCAUGCAGUGCAAGAAGCAAUUAAACCACAAGAAAGCCUGAAAUCUCGAACAGCAGCUCAACUUUUCUAUGGAAAAAGAGCCAGGACAGAAGAACCUCUUGAAAUAGAGACUUCUGAGAACCUGCAAUUCUACAGGCCAAGAGCAGAAAUGUUAAAUUUACCUGUACUAAUCGGGAAGAGCGAAGAAUUACAGACGAAGAAAAAGAGAACUUCAGCUGAGCACAAAGAACAGCGUUUUAAAUCAAAGCAGCUGAGCUUUUCAGUGGCAGACUGGGACUUACUAAAUUCUUACUGAGUAUGAGUUGGAUGCAAAUAAACACUUUUUUAAAAAAAUGGCACAGCUGAAUUUUCUGCUUUCCAUCAAAACAAACUGGCCUCAAAAAAAGCAAAAAAGCAAUGACUUGUUCCGUUUCUGAAUUAAUCAGAGAAAACAACUGAUGACCUUUCAACUAAUGCAUAAUGUGGGAUAGAUUAAAUUUUGGUGAGCACCCUCCACUGUUUCAUUUUCAAAGGGCUCAUUUACAAAAGGACAACACAUGUUUAGCUAUAAACCCUAAGGUUUGAGAAACUGCUUGAGGUGGUGUUAGAUAUGAGCCUCUUAGUGGUGGCUGUUCUCGAGUGACUUUUUUUUUAUUUUGCAAGCAAGUCAUCACUAUGUGUUUGCGCUCAUAUUUUGUGUGCCGUACUCAAAGGAACGGUGUGAGACUUAACCACAAAUAAUAGGAUUUAACAAAAUAAACAUAGGAGUUGAGGAAUUAAACAGUAUAAAUACAUCCACAAUAUAUUUUAUCCCUUUUGAAGUAGAAUGUCUGUUUGAACUGAUUUUGAUUGUUCAGAGCAACCCAAACUCCUGUUGACUCUUGUACAUUAUAAACAAACUGGGUAUUAGUUGUCAUGCUUAAACAUGUUUCAGUGGUUUCAACUAGUGAACACCAAAGGUACACAAAACACUAUAUGUUUUCCGGCAUAAAGUAUUUCAAAAUAGGGUAAUACCAUGCGGCUUGACUAAUCGUAGGUUACGUCUGAUUUACAAAGUGGGUGCUUCCCCCCCCCUCAAGCUGUAGACCUCAGUUGCCAUAGCCUAUGUUCAUCUAGGUGUGCUGUAGCCUUUUGGUUGGACCAGCAGGAUCUCUGGAUUUCCAUUUCAUUGGCACACAUGGGAAUAGGAGUCAGACAAUGAGCCUAUAGCAUGCUAAUUUGGAGUGGAUGAGAGAAGAAAUGAACAGAGUAGUCAGCAGUGUGUGAGGGAAGGGUGAGAAAAUACAGAAACAAAGCAAAACGGACUGAACAAGAGAAGCAAUUUCCAAGGAGGGGUCAGACUUGCCAGCUGAUUCUAUCAAACUCCGCAUCAAUCUGCCACCAUUUUGUGGCUGGCUCUGCCCCUAUAUUGUGAGUGGUGGGCCUCAACAAUUUUCAGCCCUUAGGUGGGCCCUGCUAAAGAGGAAGUUUGAGAAGCCCUGACUUGGGGACCUAAUCAUGUUAAAGAAAUUAUCACAGUUAUAUACGUACAGUGGUACCUCGAUUUGCGACCGCAAUCCGUUCCGUGGAGGCGUUCGCUCGCUGAAGCAGUUGCUCCCCGAAGGCACGCUUCUGCGUGUGCGCGAAGCGCUGAUAGAGAACUUCUGUGCACGCACACGCCGCACAGAUCGCUUCUGCGCAUGCAAGAGCUGCGCAGAUCACGUCUGCGCAUCCGACACCACAGAACUCGGAUGUAAACACUUCCGGGUCCAUGGCGGUUGCUCGCCGAAACGGUCGUAAACAGGUAGGUGUAAACCGAGGUUUGACUGUACAUACUUUCCCCCUGCAAUCCCAGGCUAUCUUAUUUUAUCAACCCUGUGAAGUAGGUUAACAUAUAAAUAGUAAGCUCAAUGUCAACCACAGUGGGGAUUUGAGCCUGACUCGUUUCUGUUGCCUUGUAGAUCUGAAGAAAGUAAAUUUGGAAUACUGUACUAUAAAGAUCACUAGAUGAAUUAAAUGAGAGCUAACACAGGGUACUUUUGUAUCCUACUGCGUUGUUACAUGGUAUGGUUCCACU